AUGCGGCUUUCCCUGCUCCUGGCUGUUCUCCCCGCGCCGUGGGUGACUGCAUCGUGGUUCAAUGCCUACGAUCUGGGUUUCUAUGGCCUCUAUCCUCGUCAGCGUUUCCACUCGGUCGACCUUGAGGCGCCCUUGCCGAAGAUAACACAAUGGGAUGCACGAUGCGAUCCGGGAAGCCUACUCUUUACACCGAGGGGCCCGGCCGUCAAGGGCCAGGCACGGGGUCCGGUCAUGCUAGACGCGAAUGGUCAAUUGAUAUGGAUGGACAACAACCAGUUUGAACAGUCCAUGAACUUCAAGGUGCAGAGAUUCAAGGGAGAGGAAUACUUGACAUUUUGGACCAAGACCGAGAAGCAUAAACGCCCAAAAGGUGUUCCCAAGAAAUCUUAUGUGCUUCUUAACUCGUCCUACGAAGUCGCCUACCGAAUAUUCCCACAUGGCCAGGGCCUCAAAGGAGACUCGCACGAAUUUCGCCUCACCCCGCAGGGCACGGCGCUCAUUACGAUAUACCACAAACAUAAAGCCGAUUGUACUGAAUUGGGGCUGGGCAAGAGUUGUUGGAUCCAGGAUGGUCUGUUCCAAGAGAUCGACAUCGAGACGGGGGAGAUGCUGUUUGAAUGGCGUGCCUCAGAUCACAUCCGCAUGAGCGAUGUAUUCAGCAAGCCUAAUAUGAAGGAUGGACAUGGCAAAUCGAAGAAGGACGCCUUUGACUUCUUCCACAUCAACAGUGUGGACAAGAUCGACUCGGGAGACUAUAUCAUCUCCGCGCGAUACAUGCAUGCGGUGGUGUGCGUCAGCGGCAAAACGGGCGAAAUCCUGUGGCAACUCGGCGGCAAGAAUAACGAUUUUGAAGAUCUGAACGGCGCGACUGAUUUCGCAUGGCAACACCAUGUCACGUGGCAGGGCAACGGUACGAUAUCUCUUUUCGACAACCACGCCAACAACGUCUUUCAUAGCCCAUCCAGUCACAGCAAGGGCAUGCUAAUCCAACUCGACUUGAAAAAUAUGACUGCCCGCCUUUUACAGACAUACGUGCACCCAGAUAAGAUUCUCAACGUAUCCCAGGGCUCCGUGCAGGUGCUUCCAGAAACUGGCAAUGUGCUGGUCGGGUAUGGCAAUUCGCCCACCUACAUCGAGUUCUCACGGGACGGUCAGGUGCUGUGCGGCGCACAUUGGGCACCCUACUUCGCCUAUGAGAUCCUCGACUUCGGAUUGGUCAAAUCCUACCGUGUCUUCAAGAGUCGCUGGGUCGGAAGACCGAAGACCGUGCCGGACGUGAAAGUCAAGAAUGGGAAGGUGUAUGUCAGCUGGAACGGAGCCACCGAGGUCACAGGGUGGAGGUUGGAGAUGGCCAAGUCAGCGGAAGCCAAAGAUGACGACUUCGUGACCAUUCAAGAGUUGAAUCGCAAUGGCUUCGAGACAAGGUUCUUGCUUGGCAAGCACCAUGGCUAUGCAAGAGUCGCAGCCUUGGACGCUGCGAAGGGUGUAAUGGCCUAUUCAGCUGUUGUCAGGGCGCAUCGGUCUUCAUCUGUAUUAUUCUGGACGACUCUACUCCUUAUGUUCGCCUUCGCCAGCCUCGGUUUCUUGUUUUGGAGGUUUCCCCGACUUGUGCGAAUCCCCAAGUUCGACCGAUUCCCCAGGCUUGCGCGGCUCCCUCGGUUUGCGCGAUCCCACCGGCUUCCGCGUCUUUUAAACCUAUUCGACUUCCGAGCCCGCUCACGAUCUGCUGCUGUGAGGAGCAUUCGUGAGUACGAUCACGAAGAAGCAGACCCUCUGCUACUGGACGAAAGAGAUCCGUGA